AUGGCAGAUGGAGGAGACGCAGGACCAGGGGGUUCAGACGACCGUAACGUGCCCCGUAACCCUAACCUGGAGGGUGUGCUGAGAUAUGCCAUAGAAAACACACCUGACAAUGCAAGUGACACACCUGUGUCACCUGGACCCAUGGAUGAACAGAGAAGACAGUGGCUGGGAGCAGCCCUGCAGCAGUUUUCCCAGACAGCGCAGGAUGAUGUGGAGCAGAUGAAGACAUGUCUGCAGAUGUUAGCGGAGGGGGGAGAGGACCACACAGAGGAGAAGGAGACAGCCAUGGAGGAGCUGAUGGACCUCUGCUGUAGCAUUGAUAAUGCACAAAACCUACACAAGAUGGGUGGCCUGGUGCUGGUUAUCGGCUACCUGAGACACCAGAACAGUGGGCUGCGGUGGAGAGCAGGUGAUGUCAUCGCCACGGUAACACAGAACAACCCCUUCUGUCAGGCCGCAGCCCUGGAGCUGGUUGCCAUGCCGACCUUGCUAGAACUGGUGGACACAGAUUGUGACCCUACCGUCAGAGUGAAGGCCCUCUAUGCAAUAUCAUGUCUGACAGGCAACUGUGAGGAGGCCCAGCAGUCGUUUGUUGAGCAGGAUGGCUUCUCUGUCCUGAUGAGAGCCAUGCAGAGUGACACGGAGAAACUCAAGGUCAAGGCAGCCUUCCUACUGAGGAAUCUGUGCCUUAGCAACCCACAACACAAAGAUACCCUGUGUAACAUGGGCAUGGUGACUCAGCUGGCCUCCAUGCUGCAGACGGAGCACAAUGCCUUCCAUGAGCACCUGAUGGGUGCACUUGUUGCCCUGGUGACAGAAAACAAACAAGCCAUGAAGGACUGCCGGCAGCCACAGCUGCGCCUGCGACAGGUGCUGACAGAUAGGAUAGAACACCUGAAGGGGAGGGAGGAGUUUCAGGAGGAGCUGGAAUACUGCCAACAGCUACUAAAGAUCUGCUUCAGUCAACGUGAUGACGGCAUGGCAGCAGCUGACAGAUGAUGGAAACUGAUGUACAUUAGAACAUUGAUGAAUAUAAUACAGCAUUUUUAAGAUAGACAGUACACUGUAUGUAAUGUCACUUCCACACCAACACUUCUAUAAUAAACAGAUAAGAAAAGUGGCUACUAAUUUAAAUCAGAGCUAUUUCUCAUCAUGACUUACUGACAUGAAUGUAUGGCUAUGUCUGUGGGGAGAUGGAUAAUGAGAUAGAUGUAUUGUACUUUUGUGUAUACUUAUAUUGGGGAACUAAAUAUCCAUAGGAAAUGGCAUGUGCUAAAGGUAUGUGUGAGGACAGAGUAUGAAGAAAAGUUUAAUUUUUUGUUUUCUCUAGUAUACGAGAAGAUACCGGUAUGUUACAGAAUUCACAACAGUAUCAGUGUGCUCCUUUACUUAAUGAGGGGUGGGCUGUGGCAUGAUUUUGUGAUUCCGUGCGGUUUGGAGACCAUUGAUUUUGUACAUCAGGUAUUGUCAGACUUCACUGUACAGACUUCAUUGCACCCAAGCCAGGGUGGAUCGGUGUGACUCAAAAAAGUACAAAGUGCUUUUUCGUAUUAGGAGCUACAUGACUAGAACUUCAUACAAUCCAGUUUUAUCUGUAAUGUCACACCUGUAUGAACAUCUGUAGAAGUACCUGUACAUGUAUAAGUAUGUAGAUACUCUAUGGCAAAAUAUGAUUUUCAUUUUAUCGCAUGCUAGGGUUUGAAAGGUAUCAAAUAACAAUUAACAUGAAGGAGUAAAAGAAACUUUAUUUCUAAAAGCACCAUGUUGAACAGACAUGGAAUCUGCAGCUUCAACAAAAUAAAGAUUGGGAAGUAUU